AUGUCUGCGUUUAAUCUCGCUUCGCAGAUAGGAGGCACAGCGCCCACAGACGCCGCUCACGCUCCCGUCGGACUGCGCUGUGACGAGGCCUGGCUGCUCCACGGACAGAAGUGUUACCGUUUCUCCAACAUGAAGACGUCCUGGGACAUGAGCCGACAGCUCUGUGGAGAGAUGGGAGGAGAUCUGGUGAAGAUAGAGACCAGAACAGAGCAGCAAUUUCUGUUUGAGAAAAUAAAGGAGAUAAAUAAAUCUACAGAGGAAAUGUUCUGGAUGGGACUGAGCGACGCCGAGACUGAGGGGGACUGGAGGUGGACCGACGGAUCCUCACUCAACCAAAGUUUAGCGUUUUGGUUUGUGUACGGAUCUGCGAAUGAACCGGACAACUGGAUCUCUCCGCCCCACCCACAGGGGGAGGACUGCGCGUGGAUGGGGGUGAGGGUUUGGGCCACGGAGUUUCUGUCCUGGUUUGACGUUCCCUGCACCAUCACGAGCAGGUUCAUGUGUGAGAAACAACCGAGAAGAUCUGCAGACUUUCAGCAGAAACGAGAGCUAACUUAAAAGAUCCUGUUUUACAGCUCCAGGUCUGAAAUGAUCCACGUGAUACUAGUGAAGGUGUACAGAGUUUAAAAACAAAACAAAUGUGAUGCUAACUGUAAGCACUGCUCUGUCUGAGGCUUUAAUCUGAGCUUUUUAACCACAAUCACAGUUCAAUACAUGUUUUUGAAGCUUUGUAGAUCUCAAAAUAAGCGUGAAAUACUUUUAAUUUUUGCUCUUUUUUUCUGUUGUUUAUAAUGUAUAUGUAGUAUGUAUAUGACUGUCUUGGCACAAACAAAAUAAAAACAAAUAAAUCAA